GGAUCACGUGAGCGCCCGGAAACCCUGGCCGCGCCUCCUGGGUGAGGUGGCGCCGGGGGCGGCGAGCGGCGCGGUGGAGCGGACCCGACGCGCGGAGCGGCAGCCUGGAACGCGGCCACCACCGCGAGUCUAGGAAAGAAGAAAUGAUGUAAAUCAUUCAUUUUUCCAAAUUUAAGGAUCAAAGGUGAGAAGGAAGGUCUGAAAGAACAUGGCCUGGCCAAAUAUUUUUGGGAGAGGGACGCUGUUUUCCCGGUUCAGCCAUCAUCAUGUGGUUGUGUUCCUGCUCACCUUCUUCAGUUACUCAUUGCUGCAUGCUUCAAGAAAAACAUUCAGCAAUGUCAAAGUCAGUAUCUCUGAGCAGUGGACCCCGAGUGCUUUCAACACAUCAGUUGAAUUGCCUGUAGAGAUCUGGAGCAGCAACCACUUAUUUCCCAGUGCAGAGGACGCCACUCUCUUCCUCGGAACGCUGGAUACCAUCUUCCUCUUCUCCUAUGCCGUGGGCCUUUUCAUCAGUGGCAUCGUUGGAGAUCGGCUAAAUUUACGAUGGGUUCUGUCUUUUGGCAUGUGCUCUUCUGCGUUAGUGGUGUUUGUCUUUGGCACGCUCACAGAAUGGCUGCACUUCUACAAUCAAUGGUUGUACUGCUGCCUGUGGAUUGUGAAUGGCCUGCUGCAGUCCACUGGCUGGCCCUGUGUGGUUGCUAUUAUGGGCAACUGGUUUGGAAAAGCUGGACGAGGAGUUGUUUUUGGUCUCUGGAGUGCCUGUGCUUCAGUGGGCAAUAUUUUGGGAGCAUGCCUAGCUUCUUCUGUUCUGCAGUAUGGUUAUGAGUAUGCCUUUCUGGUGACCGCAUCUGUGCAGUUUGCUGGUGGGAUCGUUAUCUUCUUUGGACUCCUGGUGUCACCAGAAGAAAUUGGUCUCUCAAGUAUUGAAGCAGAAGCAAAUUUUGAAGAAGACUCCCACAGGCCGUUAAUUAAUGGUGCUGAAAAUGAGGAUGACUAUGAGCCUAAUUAUUCAGUCCAAGAGGACAGUGCUGUUACCCAAGUCAAGGCCAUUAGCUUCUAUCAGGCCUGCUGCCUCCCUGGAGUCAUACCGUAUUCCUUGGCCUACGCCUGCUUGAAGUUAGUGAAUUACUCCUUUUUCUUCUGGUUGCCCUUUUAUCUGAGUAACAACUUCGGCUGGAAGGAGGCUGAAGCCGACAAGCUGUCCAUUUGGUAUGAUGUCGGAGGAAUCAUAGGUGGAACUUUGCAAGGCUUCAUCUCUGACAUACUACAGAAGAGAGCGCCGGUUUUAGCCCUGAGUCUGCUUCUGGCAGUUGGGUCCCUCAUCGGGUAUAGUCGUUCUCCAGAUGAUAAGUCCAUCAAUGCGCUGCUGAUGACUGUCACAGGAUUUUUUAUCGGUGGACCUUCUAACAUGAUUAGCUCUGCUAUUUCUGCGGAUCUGGGUCGCCAGGAGCUGAUCCAAGGGAGCAGUGAAGCUUUGGCAACUGUCACAGGAAUUGUUGAUGGGACAGGGAGCAUUGGAGCUGCCGUGGGCCAGUAUUUAGUGUCUUUGAUCCGAGACAAACUAGGGUGGAUGUGGGUUUUCUACUUUUUCAUUCUCAUGACGAGUUGUACAAUUCUUUUCAUCUCACCAUUAAUAGUGAGGGAAAUAUUCUAUCUUGUGCGGAGGAGACAAACUCACAUAUUAAGUGAGUGACUGCCCAUAAGACAAAAAGAACAAUGGGAGACACAUCGAGACUCUUAGGGCUUUUAAUUCUCCCUAUUUGGGGUUAUCUAGAGCUGCAAUGCAACCUCUGACUGUCAGGCCUCUUUUGAGACUGCCAGCCACCUGAGAUGCUGACCAGUAGUGAAGGCCGGCUGUUUAUCUACACUACAGGAGUUGUUGAUGAUUUGUUGUUUCAUGAAUGUGCCGAGUGGCCUAUGCAUCUUUCAGCGUUUUUGCCUGUUGAGGUUUAUCCCUUGAACCGUAAAUGUCGUAUUAGACUUGGACCCUUGUUCUUCCGCCUGGACAAGUUGAAUGAACCGGGGGCAGAGCCACGCAAGGUUUGUAUCCAUGAUGAAUUCCACGGAUAGGAUCAUUGCAUUUUGCUUUGGUAAUGAGUUUGCAGAGAGCAGUUCAUCUUUGAAACAUCAAAUCCUGAUAAAGUGCUCAAGCUGGAUCAAGCUGUAAGCCUGUGUUGGACAAAGAAACCCUCUGUUAAUGCUGGUGGGGGAGAUCAUGUUACAUGCCCGUUGGCUCUGUCUCUACCCAUCUGAUCUACAAGUCAUUUAGCCCCGCUGGCAGAAAUAUCUUCAAAUUAUUGUCAACUUGUUUUCCUCUGUCUUCAUUCAAAUUAACUUUGACUCCUGGGGGUAUUUAAUCUUUUUCUUAAGUAUCAUAAGGUACAUCAGUUAACUGGAACAUUCCGAUGUGUAACUCACAACUGAAGUUCUCAACCUCAGAUGUGUUGUCUGGUCACUUCAGAGUCCGCUAGGAGGCUAAUCUGCUUAGUUCUAUUUUUAGAGGAUUGGUUUUUGUCACAACCCGUUCCUGGAGUUACCUCAGUAGAACACUAGAAUUAGAGAAAAAGGAAAGACCUUUUGUCCUAGUAAGUAUUAAGAGCAGAUGAUCCUUAACUUAGGGUGGGAUUGUGUCCUGAUAAGCCCAUAGUAAGUUGAAAGUAUUGGAAAUUGAAAAUGCAUAUAAUACACCUAACCUACCAAAUGUCAUAGCUUAGCCUAGCCUACCUUAUAUAUGCUGAGAACACUUAUAUUAGCCUACAAUUGGCCUAAGUCAUCUAACACAAGCCCUAUUUUACAAUAAAGUGGUGAAUAUCUCACGUAAUGUAUUGAAUACUUUCCAUUAUAUCAAAGUUGUGAUGCUUUUGCACCUUUGUAAAGUCAAAAAAUCAGAAGUCAGGGACUGUCUGUAUGUGACAUUGAAUCACAAUAAUGGGUUACUGGGCCCUUUAGAAAUGCCUAAAGCAGUGUCCUUUAGAAAAUUAUAGAGUAUACGUCUUCAAGGCUGUGAAUUCUGUACUAAUAAUCAAUAUUUUAAGGUCAUUCUGUGUACAUAUUUUAAAUUAUAUAGGUGAACUAGGAGGAAAAUGUGCAAUUUUGAGGGCUACCUGAUUUGCAUUGAGUUAGGGAAUAUUUUUCAGCCUCUUGCUUUACACUGAAUUGUGGUGUUUAUAAAUUUGUUAUUUAAUCAUGCAGUUUUCCAAUCGGUGUAUUGCUCAUUUACUGACAAAAAGGGAAAAUGUGAAACACAGAAAGGGAAAAAUAAACUGACUUUUAUAAUAAA